AGGCGAUUGCAGCCGGCGGACGGUCAGCCGCUGGGCGGCUGUGUGGCUAGCCGCCAGGCCGGCGGGGCUCAGAGGCGCGAGGUUGAUGGGGGUCGUCUCGACCUCGGCCUCAGCCUGUGGCACAGCUUCAGCCAGGCCAACGGAGAUGGUGCCCUGGGUGCGGAAGAUGGGGGAAAAGCUGAAGCAGCGGCUGCGGCUGGACGUAGGACGCGAGAUCUGCCGCCAGUACCCGCUGUUCUGCUUCCUGCUGCUCUGCCUCAGCGUCGCCUCCCUGCUUCUCAACAGGUAUCUUCAUGUUUUAAUGAUCUUCUGGUCAUUUGUUGCUGGAGUUGUUACCUUCUAUUGCUCACUGGGACCAGAUUCUCUCUUACCAAAUAUAUUCUUCACAAUAAAAUACAAACCCAAGCAGUUAGGACUUCAAGAAUUAUUUCCUCAAGGUCGAAGCUGUGCUGUUUGUGGUAAAGUGAAAUGUAAACGACAUAGGCCUUCCUUACUACUUGAAAACUACCAGCCCUGGCUAGAUCUGAAAAUUUCUUCCAAGGUCGAUGCGUCUCUCUCAGAGGUCCUUGAAUUAGUGUUGGAAAACUUUGUUUAUCCGUGGUACAGGGAUGUCACAGAUGAUGAGUCCUUUGUUGAUGAACUGAGAAUUACGUUACGGUUUUUUGCAUCUGUCUUGAUUCGAAGGAUUCACAAGGUGGAUAUUCCAUCUAUUAUAACCAAGAAACUAUUAAAAGCAGCAAUGAAGCAUAUAGAAGUGAUAGUUAAAGCCAGUCAGAAAGUAGAAAAUACAGAGUUUUUACAGCAAGCUGCUUUAGAAGAAUAUGGUCCAGAGCUUCAUGUGGCUUUGAGGAGUCGAAGAGAUGAAUUACACUAUUUAAGAAAACUUACUGAACUACUUUUUCCUUAUAUUUUGCCUCCUAAAGCAACAGACUGCAGAUCCCUGACCUUACUUUUAAGAGAGAUCCUCUCCGGUUCAGUGUUCCUUCCUUCUUUGGAUUUCCUAGCUGAUCCAGAUACUGUGAAUCAUUUGCUUAUCAUCUUCAUAGAUGACAGUCCACCUGAAAAAGCAACUGAACUGCCUUCCCCUUUGGUUCCAUUCUUGCAGAAAUUUGCAGAACCUAGAAAUAAAAAGCCAUCUGUGCUGAAGUUGGAAUUGAAGCAAAUCAGAGAGCAGCAAGAUCUCUUAUUUCGUUUUAUGAACUUUCUGAAACAAGAAGGAGCAGUGCAUGUGUUACAAAUAUGUCUGACUGUGGAGGAAUUCAAUGAUAGAAUUUUGCGACCAGAGUUGUCAAAUGAUGAAAUGCUGUCUCUUCAUGAAGAGUUGCAGAAGAUUUAUAAAACAUAUUGUUUAGAUGAAAGUAUUGACAAAAUUCGAUUUGAUCCCUUUAUUGUAGAAGAGAUUCAAAAAAUUGCUGAAGGCCCAUAUAUAGAUGUUGUGAAACUGCAAACUAUGAGAUGCCUUUUUGAAGCAUAUGAACAUGUACUGUCUCUCUUGGAGAAUGUGUUUACACCUAUGUUUUGCCACAGUGAUGAGUAUUUCAGGCAACUUUUAAGAGGUGCAGAAUCACCAACACGCAAUUCAAAAUUGAACAGAGGUAGCCUAAGUUUGGAUGAUUUUCGGAGCACACAGAAAAGAGGAGAAUCAUUUGGAAUCAGCAGAAUAGGUAGCAAAAUUAAAGGAGUAUUCAAAAGUACCACAAUGGAGGGAGCUAUGUUGCCUAAUUAUGGGUUAGCCGAAGGUGAAGAUGACUUUAUAGAAGAAGGUAUUGUUGUAAUGGAAGAUGAUUCUCCAGUGGAAGCUGUGAGCACACCUAAUACUCCCCGAAACCUUGCUGCAUGGAAAAUCAGCAUUCCAUAUGUAGACUUUUUUGAAGAUCCUUCCUCUGAAAGGAAGGAGAAAAAGGAGAGAAUACCUGUGUUUUGUAUUGAUGUUGAAAGAAAUGAUAGAAGAGCAGUUGGGCAUGAGCCUGAACAUUGGUCUGUCUAUAGAAGAUAUCUUGAAUUCUAUGUACUUGAAUCAAAACUAACAGAGUUUCAUGGCACAUUUCCUGAUGCCCAGCUUCCUUCCAAGAGGAUCAUUGGCCCCAAAAAUUAUGAAUUCUUAAAGUCAAAGAGAGAAGAAUUUCAGGAAUAUCUACAGAAACUGCUGCAGCAUCCAGAACUGAGUAAUAGUCAACUUCUAGCAGAUUUUCUCUCCCCCAAUGGCGGGGAAACACAGUUUCUUGAUAAGAUACUACCAGAUGUAAAUCUUGGGAAAAUUAUAAAGUCUGUUCCUGGAAAACUAAUGAAAGAGAAAGGCCAGCAUUUGGAACCUUUCAUCAUGAAUUUCAUUAAUUCUUGUGAAUCUCCAAAGCCUAAACCAAGUAAACCGGAACUGACCAUUCUCAGCCCUACUUCAGAAAACAACAAGAAGCUUUUCAGUGAUCUGUUUAAGAAUAAUGCAAACCGUGCUGAGAAUACAGAAAGAAAGCAAAAUCAAAAUUAUUUUAUGGAGAUGAUGACUGUAGAAGGAGUUUAUGAUUAUCUGAUGUACGUAGGACGGGUGGUUUUCCAAGUUCCUGACUGGCUUCAUCAUCUCUUAAUGGGAACUCGAAUCCUAUUUAAAAACACUCUGGAAAUGUAUACUGACUACUAUCUUCAUUGUAAACUAGAACAACUAUUUCAGGAGCACCGUUUGGUCUCACUUAUAACACUUCUCAGAGAUGCUGUAUUCUGUGAAAACACGGAACCUCGUUCUCUCCAAGAUAAGCAAAAACGAGCAAAACAGACUUUUGAAGAAAUGAUGAAUUAUAUCCCAGAUCUGAUAGUCAAGUGUAUUGGUGAAGAAGCCAAGUAUGAAAGCAUCAGACUUCUCUUUGAUGGCCUACAACAGCCAGUUCUCAAUAAGCAGCUGACUUAUGUUCUAUUGGACAUUGUGAUACAGGAACUAUUUCCAGAGCUCAAUAAGGUACAAAAAGAAGUUACUUCUGUGACAUCCUGGAUGUAAACAUUUGGAUUUGAGAUAGAAUGACCAGAUAGAUAACAAAUUUCUGCUGUGCUAGUGUAGUACAUAUGUACUUUUUCUUUUACUUUUGUAUAUUCUUGUAUAUAUCAUGUAAUCUGAUGUCUGAAUUUUUGAUUUUUUUUGUUUUAAUAAAGACUAACACAAACUUAGUGAUUAAAAGUGA